AUGGCCCAGAAGACAAACACAUUAGUAGCGGUCCUUGACGAUUAUGCCGGUACAUCGACCAACCACUUCGCACGUGUGCAAGGGUUGAAAGUAGACCAUUUUCCAGAAACACUCAAUGCCGCCAAGUCAGAAGGCCUGAAAGCAUUGGUUGAACGACUCAGGCCCUACGAAGUCAUCUCAUCAAUGAGAGAACGCACAGCCUUCCCUGCCGAAUUACAGAACCAACUGCCGAACUUAAAGCUAUUAAUGACAACCGGCACACGGAACGCCAGCAUUGAUCUCAACUCAGCCACCGAGAACAACAUCAUCGUGACCGGCACCAAAGGCGAUCGACCAGCGAAUCAAUCUGCUGAUUACGACCCUCCUCCACCUGCAGGCCAGAGCACUGUAAACCAACAUGCCUGGGCUUUACUCCUAUCCCUAUGCGGACGCAUUGUGCACGACGACAGAGCUUUGAAAACUAGUCCCACAGCAUGGCAAAGCUCCCUCAUCAUCACAAUCCCCGGCAAAACUCUCGGUCUGCUCGGUCUCGGCAAACUUGGGACUAUGAUGGCAAAGACCGCGAUCUCAGCUUUUGAUAUGAACGUCAUAGCCUGGAGCGAGAAUCUUACGCAAGAGAAAGCCGACGCUGCUGCGGAGAAUGCGGGUUUUGCGAAGGGUGUUUUCAAAGUUGUGAGUAAAGAGGAGCUUUUCACACGCAGUGAUUUUGUGAGUUUGCAUGUUGUGUUGUCGGAGCGAAGCCGAGGGGUUGUUGGGAAGAGGGAAUUGGGGUUGAUGAAGAAGAGUGCUGUUUUGCUGAAUACUUCUCGUGGGGGGUUGAUUGAUGAACAGGCAUUGAUUGCUACGUUGAAGGAAGGUGGCAUCGAGGGUUUUGCUACUGAUGUGUUUUGGGAAGAGCCACUUGGUGCUGAUAGUGUGUGGAGAAAAUCUGAGGAUUGGGCGAAGAGUGCUGUUGUUUUGAGUCCUCAUAUGGGCUAUGUCAACGCCGGGACGAUGAACAGAUGGUAUGAUGAGCAAGCAGAGAUUUUGGAGCACUAUCUAAGAGGUGAAGAACUUCCGACCCGGCUCAACUAG